AUGGUGCAUCGGUUCUUCUCCCCUGCGCUAUGGGGAUCGGCGGUACGCCGGAGGACGUUCGCGACCGUCGCCGACGUGCGCAAGCCGCCGCAGACAAUCAUCGAAAAGGUCGUGCAGAAAUAUGCGGUCGGUCUACCCGAGGGCAAGUACGUCCAGGCGGGGGACUACGUGAUGAUCCGACCGGAGCACGUUAUGACACACGACAAUACCGGACCCGUCAUCUCCAAAUUCAAGUCUAUCGGCGCGACCCGCAUCCACAACCCUCGUCAGACCGUCUUCACUCUCGAUCACGACGUCCAAAACAAGUCGGACAAGAACCUACACAAGUACGCGACCAUCGAGGCCUUUGCCCGGCAGCAUGACAUCGACUUCUACCCUGCGGGACGCGGCAUCGGACACCAGAUCCUCGUCGAGGAGGGCUACGCAUUCCCGUACACGCUCACCGUCGCAUCGGACAGUCACUCCAACAUGUAUGGCGGCGUAGGCUGCGUCGGAACGCCGAUCGUGCGCACAGAUGCGGCCGCGCUUUGGGCGACGGGCAAGACGUGGUGGCAGGUCCCGCGCAUGGUCAAGGUCGAGCUGAAGGGUCGCCUAUCCCCGGGCGUGACGGGCAAGGACGUGAUCGUCGCGCUCUGCGGCGCGUUCAACCGGGAUGAGGUGCUCAACGCCGCGAUCGAGUUCGCGGGUGACGGCGUCCGGACGCUCUCCGUCGACGAGCGGCUGACGAUCGCGAACAUGACCACGGAGUGGGGCGCGCUCGCGGGCGUCUUCCCCGUCGACGACGUCACGCUGGCCUGGUACGACCGCCUGCUCACCGCGCUCGAGCUGCGCACUUUCUCCACCACGGCCCCGCCGCCGGAGCACCCGCGUAUAAACCACGCGCGGCUUGACGCCCUCCGUCGCGCGCCGCUCGCAUCGGACCCGCAGGCGCGCUACGCCUCGCACCUCGUGUUCGACCUCGCCUCGCUCGUCCCGCACGUCUCGGGCCCGAACAGCGUCAAGGUCGCCACGCCGCUGCCAGCGCUCGAGGCGCAGCAGAUCCGGAUCAACAAGGCCUACCUCGUCUCCUGCACCAACGCGCGCGCGUCCGACCUCGCCGCCGCCGCCGCCGUGCUCCGCGGGCGCAAGGUCGCGCCUGGCGUGCACUUCUACGUCGCCGCCGCCUCGUCGCGCGUGCAGGCCGAGUGCGAGAAGAGCGGGGACUGGGACGCGCUCGUCCGCGCCGGCGCGCAGGUGCUGCCCAGCGGAUGCGGACCGUGCAUCGGCCUCGGCACGGGUCUGCUCGAGGAGGGCGAAGUCGGAAUCAGCGCCACCAACCGGAACUACAAGGGCCGGAUGGGCAGCCCGAAGGCGCUCGCGUACCUCGCCAGCCCGGCCGUCGUCGCGGCGAGCGCGGCGAAGGGCUACAUCUGCGGACCGGAACCCUUCGACCCUGCAGCUCUGCCGCCUCCCGGCCCGCCCGUGACCGCGAUCCGCCAAACGGAAGAGGAAGUGGCGACGGACGCGCAGGCGCGGGAGGAGCCGCUCGUGGAGGGAUUCCCGGUCAAGUUCGCGGGCCGUCUCCUCUUCGCGCCGCAGGACAACCUGAACACGGACGCGCUCUACCCGGGCAAGUACACGUACCAGGACGAUAUCACGCUCGAGAAGCAGGCGGAGGUCGUGAUGGAGAACUACGACCCGGCCUUCGCCGCGCGCGUCCGCGACCUCGUCGCCGGCGCCGGGAUCGACACGUCGCGCGUCGUCGACGCGGACGGGACGAAGCGCGGGGUGGUGCUCGUCUCCGGCUACAACUUUGGCACGGGCUCGUCGCGCGAGCAGGCCGCGACGGCGCUGAAGGCGGCGGGCGUGCCGCUCGUGCUCGCGGGCUCGUUCGGCGACAUAUUCAAGCGGAACGCGAUCAACAACGGGCUCGUGUGCGUCGAGGCGCCCGCGCUCGUCGCGGAACUCACCGCCGCGUACGCCAAGGAUGGCAAGCGCGGCGCGGGCGGGCGCCAGGGAGAGCUGACGGUGGACGAAGGUCUGCAUGUCGAGAUGGACAUGCGCACGGGCGAGCUCGUGGUGAGCGGGUGGACGGAGGGCGAGCGGACGAGGCGGUACAGGGUACGGAGCGUGGGCGCGAGUGUGCAGGAGCUGUGGCUCUGCGGCGGGCUAGAAGGGUUCGUGCUGAAGGAGAUCAAGGCCCAGUCUUAA